AUGACAAAUAAUCAAGAAAAAAUUAUGGAAAUUGAAAGGAAAAUAAAAAAGUACCUUAAAGAAAGAUAUGGAAACUACGAACUUCUUGCUUAUCAAGUUGCUUUUCUUGAUGGACUUAGAAUUUUAGAAAGAAACCAAGAAAAUAAUUUAGAGGGUACCGGAUUCCCUCCUUAUU